UCGAAUGAUAUAUAAAUAAGAGUGGACCGACAUUUUUACCUGAGUCUUUCGCGAGAAAUAUCAUCAUUGGUAUUCACGUUCACUAGAUCUUUUGUAUGAUAUUCCCACGAUAUCAAAUAGAAUUCAGUAGCUUUUCUCAUAUGUUGACAUACUAUCAAAGAGAGAGAGAGAGAGAGAGAGAGAGCGUAAAAAGGGCUACGAUCCGACGGGUAAAUUAAGAUAAAUAUGAACGGUGUGUUGGAGAAAUGUCGAAAGCAAAAUGUCGAAAACAGAGCAAAUAAAGAAAAAACAUCGAAAGGAAAAAUGUCGAAACAUACAUAUUAACGUGGAAAAACGUCGAAAGUGAAAAAUAAAAAAUAAUGAUAUCUCCAGUAUAUGGCGAUUCUAAUCCCAUUUAGUUCAUUGUUUUUUCUUAUAAUUUCACUAGUGUAGAAUUUUAGCCAGGAUUGAUAGGGAUGACUAACUAUUAAUACAAGUAAAAUGAAACAGUUGAACAAAGAAUUAUUAUAUAACUAAAAUUGUACUGUCAUGGCUGAAGCUUUCGUAAUUUUAACUAGUGAAAUUCAAGCAAAAUCUCCUGCUAUUUCAUUUAUAAAUUCAAAUAAAUGAAAACCUCUACUAGUUGCCGAUGAAUAUACUUUUAAAUUGAAUAAAGCAACAACAACUACAAAAUAUUGGAUAUGCACUAUUAAGGAUUGUGCAGCUAAAGUACAUACUGAUUCAAAUAAUGGAUUGAUGAAAAGUGUUGGCAAUCAUAGUCAUAUUCCAGGAAAAGAAAAACUUGAGGUUCAUGAAGCUCGUGAAAAAAUGACAUAUUUAAAAAGAACUUUUCUCACCCUUAACAUUCCAGCUUAA